AUGGAUGUGCAGUUGUUACAUGACUGCACAAAACCAAAGCUUUACCGCAGCCGUUGGUAUGUGUUGAGUUGUCUUUCGUUAUUGUCCUGCAUACAGAAUGUUAUAUGGGUUGGGUAUGGACCUGUGGCACAAUCAGCCAAAGCUGUAUUCCAGUGGUCAGACAGUAUGGUGGAUAUGUUAGUUAACUUUGGGAACAUAUCAUGUAUACUUUGUAUACUUCCAGCUUCAUGGAUUUUAGAUCUAAAAGGUUUGAGAAAGUCAAUGAUGUGGGCUACGUUUCUUAUCGCUCUGGGAUCAGGAUGUAGAUGUUUAUCAUCGGAACCGUCUUCUGCCACUUGGUUUAUUUCGAUUGGCCAGACUGUGAAUGGAGUCAGCGGGACUGUAGCGUUUGCAGGUCCUUCUUUGCUAUCAGAGACCUGGUUCCCGCCUAAUGAAAGAGCUACGGCAACGGCUAUAUCAUUACUGUUUACCUCUGUUGGGGGUGCAGUGGCCUUUAUUAUAGGUCCACAAGUUGUAUCGGAGCCUAAGUAUAUCAACUGUACAAGAAAUAUCAGCAUUUGUCAAUCAACUAAUUCUACAUUAUUGUCAAAUCUGGCUACACUCCGAGAUGAAAUAAUGCUGCUGAAUUACAUAGAAUUUGGAGUGGCAGCUUUAUUGAUGAUAACUGUAUUCAUAUAUUUCCCUAAUGCGCCUCCAACACCGCCUAGUGAAACGGCUGGUAUAAAGCGAACAGAUUUCAAAGCAGGCACCAAAAAACUUUUCAAGAUGUUGAAGUUUUGGCACAUUGUUUUAAUGUUUGCUAUUCCUUCUGGAGUCUAUGGUUCAUGGGGAUCGGUGUUAGAUGUAAACUUGAAACCUUUUGGAAUCUCACAGAAAGAAGCUGGUUGGCUAGACUUUUAUGGAAGUAUAGGAGGGACAAUAUUUGGAAUUCUUCUUUCAAGAUUUUCGGACAUUUUCAUGAAGAGAAUAAAGUCCUUCCUCGUUGUGGUAUAUUCUGUGGCAGCAAUAUUCUUUGUCAUCUUUACACUUAUGUGUACAAAAAAGUUACAGCCUUAUACAGUGUUCUCUCCCGACAUGACCGAGGACGAUUUUUACAAAUAUGUGAAAUAUCUUGCUGUAUUUGAUGUUAGAUGCUACAACUUGUUGCAUUUUAAGUCAGGAGUUCUUUAUUUUACUUGUAUUGGAGGAAGUACAUUAGUGGGCGGAGCAAUGCCGUUAUUUUUCGAACUUAGCUGUGAGACAACCUAUCCAAUAGGGGAAGGUGUUACAACUGGUCUCUUGACACUAGCAUUAAAUGUAACUGGAAGCAUGUUUUUACUUCUUUCAUUAAUUCCAAACAUUGGAUCAAUAUGGCCCAACUGGACAUUGAUAAGCUGCAUUGUUGUUACAGUGCCAAUGUUGAUAGCAUUCAAAGCUGAUUACAAACGAAUAGAUGUUGAUAAUAAACCGGAUUGAUACUUUAAGUAUUAUUGUGUUGCGUUAUAUGUGUUCUACGAGUGUGGACACUUUAGAAAGCAUUGAGUUUGAUAAUUGUAAAGUUUUCUGAUUCUUUAUGCUUAAAAGUAGCUAAUUUAAGUAAGGUAAAG